AGAUCUCCAGUGACAGUCCCUGGCACUGAUGUGGACGCUCACACUGAAUCCUGUAGACCUGCCUCAGGAACGCACAGUCGAGCCACAAGAUGCGCACUGGGCGCUACUGCUUGGGAGGAGCUUCGGGAUUUCCCCCCCUUAUUUUACGCCACUCUCCAGUGAAGACUCGUUUGCAAAAGGAGAUAUAGGGGGAAAGGUGUCGGCACUGCCUCAAUCUGGCAUCUAUCGAUAAAAUGAGCCCACCAGACACAUCCAACACCACAAGCGAAGGGGAUGCUGGGGAAGCCAAUCCCUGGUUGCUAUUCAACAACAGCAUGGGUUUAUAUCCACCUGGUUUCCACACUGACGUCACCAAGCACCUUGGAGUCCAGAUCACCCUGAUCACAGCUUAUUCCCUCAUCAUUCUGCUGGGGCUGGUGGGGAACGCUCUUGUCAUUUAUAUGAUUAUUCGGUACAGAAACAUGCGAACAGUGACCAACUUCUUCAUAGCUAACCUGGCUGUGGCAGACCUCCUGGUGGACACUCUCUGCUUGCCCUUCACUCUGGUUUACACUCUGCUAGAUGAGUGGAAGUUUGGGUCUGUGUUGUGCCACUUGGUGCCAUUUGCCCAGGCCCUGAGUGUGCAUGUAUCCAUCUUGACCCUGACAGUCAUCGCUUUGGAGCGUUACCGCUGCAUCAUCUUUCACCUCGGCCGGCGCCUCACAUGGCACUCCAGCUUCCUCAUCAUGGCAUUCACCUGGACUAUGUCUGCUGUCCUGGCAGCACCCUUGGCCAUCUUCAGAGAGUACCGCCAUGAAGAGAUCCCUUCCAUCAACCUGCGUAUCGCUGUCUGCUCUGAGAAGUGGCCCCAUGGGACCAGUAGGGACGGAGUCAUCUACAGCCUCUCAAUGUUGCUCCUACAGUACAUUCUUCCUUUAGCCAUCAUCAUUUACACUUACAUCUGCAUCUGGGUCAAACUGAAGAAUCAUAUCAGCCCGUCCACCCGUUUCGACAGCAUCAACCGCCGCAAAAAGACCACCAAGAUGUUGGCGCUGGUGGUGGUGGUGUUUGCUAUCUGCUGGCUGCCGUUCCAUGUGUUUCAGCUGGCCAGUGAUCUGGACCUGGUGCUCAGGUUUAAGGAGUACAAACUAAUAUACACAGUGUUCCAUAUCAUAGCUAUGUGUUCGACUUUUACCAACCCUCUCCUGUAUGGGUGGAUGAAUAAAAACUACAGGAAUGGCUUCCUCAUGGUAUUCCGUUGUGAGGACAGGCCAGAUUCCUUCCACCCCGAGGGCUCGUUCAGGACACGCUCUUCAAGAAGGCUGACUCUGAACGGUCGUAAUGGCGGACAACCUCCGACUGCUGUAUGAGAUUAACACAAUUUAAAAAACCUGUAGGAUGUUACUGAACACAUUAAACGCACCUCUGGUUUGUCGUUCAAAAGUAGCCUUUUGACUUAAAUGGCCUAAUGUUGAGUA